AACAUGGCGCGACACAGGCUGAUCUUUACGUUCGUGACACUCUAUUUUUUCAGCGAAUUCUCGCAAUGUAGCGCUGAUAAUGAAGACUCUUUUGCAUGGGACGUAAGGGACAGCACCGAGUUUGGUGUGGCUGAAUCAAAUAUUGAGGUGAAUGCUUUAAUUCUGUAGAGUUUAUACAGGUGAUUUUAUUUAUUAAUUGAUAUAUAAAGCGGCGAACAGGUAAAAGUUCAUGAAAGUCAACAUCCAUGCUGGGGGCGUUUGAUCGCAUGAAAUAGCCUCUCUCUGUAUAUAUUUUUUUCUCAUUAAGGCUUAGUUUGAUUAAUGUUUUGACUGUUUCAGUCCACAUCUAUCGGGAAUGAAACAUACAGUAUAAAUGAACACUAAAUAUGAUUUUCAAAAAAGUCAUUUCCUCACAAGCUUACUUUAGUAUUAAAAACUUAAUGUAAACAGGAACAAAAUUACAAAAGAAUUUAGUUGUCACAUCUCACAAGUCUCUUAUUGUGUGAAGUAACAUCGGUUCAGCUAGAAAUAGCUAACGUAAGAAGCCGUUUUCUCAUUUUUCUUUUUGUAGGUAUUAGUUUAUCCCAGGCAAUUAAUAUGCCAAAAUUACUGCUUACCUGCUUACCUGUUAUUGGCACCAAAAGUGAUUUAAAAUUCAAAUGCACUUAAACUUUCAGUCAGGUGGAUUAUUAUAAAUUACGAAAAGCACCUGAUCAUUAAACAAGAUAGCAUAUUUAAAUGGGCUUCAUUUGGACAAUUUUUAUUUUAAAUCCAGGUGGUAUGACUAAGUGACAUAAUGAUUGUGAACAAUAAUAUUUUCUCUCUUGAGGUAAAUACACAUAAAAAUACAUUCAGUUACUAUUUCCAAUCAAAAUAAACAACAUUUAGGAGAGAAGAAUAAUUCCUGUGAUGUUUGCUUUGUUGCCCAAAACUUUCUCUGACUUGAUUUACAGACUUUUAUUUCACAGAGGCCAAAACUUGCAUGCUUGUAAAAAAUUAGUGCAUUUUGAAUCUAAAUUAGUUUGCUUAUGCUAACACAAAGACGCAAACUAACAAAAUUUUUAUUUUCGUGACAAGAAAAGAGCCAAACCCGAAUUUAUUCUUGAUCAAGGUUGUUUUGAAUCUAUUAAUUCAUCUUAAAAGUGCAAGAAUAAUAAUGUUAUAGACAUACGUAAGAGACCUUUAGGAUUAUUUUGUUUAUAUAUUUACUAAAAUAUACAGCGAACCCUCAAAAAGAGGAUUUUUUUGCUGGGGUGAUAAAAAAAACAUCAGUAACAGUCAACAGUUGAUUAAAUGGUAGCUCAAUUCUAAAACAAUGUGUCCAAAAAUCAAACCUCAAGGUUAUUCAAAUUGGUCUGCAAUUGGGGACAGCUAUCUUGCGAGUUGGUUGUCAAGCACAAGACAGAAUUGUCUGUGAACAAGUGGACUUUAAGUAAGGAUUUAAGAUCAGAGAAGCCUCCAAAUUGCAGUAUUGUAGUAACCUAUUGGUGAGCAUAAGCAACCACAAUGAUGACGACAAUGAUAACAUCAAAUUCAUUUUUUUAGCAGCAUUUUUACUGCUGUCAUCAUCGUUGCUUAUUAUUAAGCUACCUAUUAUUACAAACUUUAUAUUUUUCAGGCCUUGCAUUUUGUAGCUUCACUAAGUAACAAAAAUAUAAUAAAAUUUAAGUAAUAAAAGUGUGAUUUUUCAUUUGUUUCUUUAGGAUACAAUCCUGGAUGUCGACCUCUCAUCAAAAAUCACUUUCAGAUAUCAAACAACUGAUGGAGGCAAAAUUUACGUCUUCGACAAUAUUUUACAUCCAAUAAAUCUUCACAUUUUCUCAAGGUAUUUAAAUAUCGAUUUAGGGGCCUGGCAGUUCAGUCUUUAUGAACCAUAUGACGGGGGAAUUGAAAAGCCAACAGACAAUAUCCCAUGGAUAAACGACGUAGAUUGCAUUGAAUUUUCAAAAUCCGUGGUUGGGAAAACAAUGCAAAAAGCAGUGAUGGACACUACGCAAACUGAGGAUAUUUACUAUCCAUACAAAGUCAAAGGAAAACUUAUUCGACGUGGUGACUUUACUAAACUAUUCACUGAUGCCAACAAAACAGAUGAUGAAUACUCUGCUUUUAUGUUUUUGAAUCCUACAUGGAGGAAGAAUGAUUAUGGAGAACUUUACCUGUAAGUACAAUGAUAAGUAUAUUAAUUAAUGUUUUGUGAAUCAAGCAGUAAUCCCAAGUAUUUUCUGUAACAAACUGACAAGGCAAAACGUCUGAUACUCUCACUGAUCAUAGAAAUGACAUCGAAAUGUAGGACUUCCACUUGUAUCUCAAAGAAUGACUCUGCAGUAAGUUACUAUCAAACUCAGAAAACCUUGAAUAUUGUGUAGUGAUCAAUCUCAAUGAAGUUCAGUAAAACCACAAAUUAAUUGCCAUUGCUGUUUUUGGUUUAGUUUUCCCACACCUUAAUUAUUGGCUUUCUCCUCACAAGACAGUAAAACAUUCCAUAGAUAUUUCUGGUGUUCAUGGUUUUGCAAGUUUCACAGUAAACAAAAGUAUUUAAAUUGUUAAAAGGAAACUCUGAUUUUUUUUGUUUUCCUUAGAUACGAUGAAGACAAUGAAAUAAUGGCUGGAACAGUACCAAAAUUUGGCCGUGUUGUUGUAUGGCCAAGUUCAGUGUCUUAUCUCGCACGACCUCCCAGUAUGGCUUUUAAAAAAGGACAACUAAUACUUCAUGUUCAGUUCACCAAGUCCAAGCAAAAAAUGCUUGCUAACCACAGGGAAAGAAUGGCAGCAAAAGGUGAACGCCAGGUGGCGUAUGAUGCAGGAUUUAUUGGAAGCGACAAACCUGCUCCAACUGGUAUCAACAUAGCACAGCAUCGGGUGUCUGAACACGCCUCAACAGAAGGAAAGAAAAUUUUUGUGUUUGAUGAUCUCUUUGACAAGGAAGAUCUGGAUAGGUUACGAGCAUUCAUCUUUAAACAUGGUACUUAUUAUUAUGAUGAUUCUGAUGAUGGUGAUGAUGGAGGUGAUAACGUGCAGUGGAUUGCAGGGUUUGAGAUCAAUGACUACAUUCAGAGCAGACUUUGGAACAUUAUGCAACAGGUUUGUGCACAGAACAUGUGAGUUUUUAACCCUUUAAGCCCUAUUAAGAGUGAUCAGCAUCAAAGUUCUCCUUGUAAUAUCAAUGCUUUGUAACACAGAGUGGUCAUGAGAAUUACGGACAUGAUCACACAAGAUGAAUUUGCUUUGAUAUUUUAUCAACUUCUCCCCACUACUUCUGUAGGAAAUGAAUAGGGGCAACAAAACUAAUAAGAAUUCUGAUUUUGAUCAUAGGGUUUAAAGGGUUAAACUACAAGUCACCCCAUGUAAGGGAAUCCAGAUCCCAGAAUGUGGGCAAUUUUUGCUUGUGGAAUCUGGAAUUCUGGACUUUGGAAUCUGGAAUAAAGCUCAAGGAAUCCAGAAUCCCACUAACAAUUUGAAUCUGGAAUCCAAGUUCCACUGACUGAACAUUCUGACUACUAAUAUGAAUCACCUGCAAGUUAACACCUGUCCGUGAUAUUCAUGAAAAGCAGUGAAAAGACAUUUUAAAGUUGAAUCUAAGCUCUUGCAAGUAAAAGAAUAUUACUCUUACUCUCAUUUGUGCACAGAUGCACAAGUGAUGAUUUCUGGGGCUCCAGCUCACAUGUUAUUUUCACUGUAUCCAAAUGAGCAUGAUAAUCUAAUAAUCUAGCUAAUUGAGUUUUAAGUGUAAUUAAAUUAGCCUGCUUGCAGACCUCCCCUAUUUCCUUUCGUUUUCUGCAAAUAACAAUGGAAAUAGGAGACAAUUGCAUGCAGGCUUAGAGUGCAAAUAAGAAUUUUUCACACAAUGUGAGUGGCAAUUGUAACAGUAAGCUGAUUUGAAGCAGUCCUUUCCUAUUUCUUGUGGUUGGGUCUUGGAUGAAACCAUUUCUUUGAUUUUCAUUUUUGGUCAUGAAAAAUUUUAUUAGCAGAUCUAGAGUUACUGUAAGUGUUUCUUCUGCCAAUGUCUCUUUGAGCCUAACAGGCUUUUUUUCUUGUUCUAUUAACGCUUGAGUUUUUGUGCAUUAAAUCUUACAGACUCUUAAACAUGUGACUGGUAGCGAUAAGUGGUUUCCAUAUGACAUCUCAUGUAACCUGAUCCGCAGUGCCGAUCACACCCGCAUUCAUCAGGAUUGUGAAUAUCAUGAAGAUGAAUGGACAUACCUUAUUUAUCUAACUCCAAACUGGACUAAAAAUGACUAUGGCGAAACAGCCUUUUAUGAGACAAUGAGCCACGACAAUGAAAUCAUCACAGAGGUUCGGCCUAAGUAUGGCCGGGCUGUUGUAUUUCAAGGUAUGUUGUACUUUGUAGCGGAACCUAGCCUACAUGGCAGGCCACGAAAAGGGACAAAGAGAAUCUUUGUUUGUUAUAAUGUUUAGUUUAUGGGUUGUAUCAACAACAACAAAACAACAACAAAUUUUGUUGAAAAUUGGAAAUAUAUUUAAUUACAUUACUUUGCCACCCGCAAAUACCUUAUAAACUAAUCGAGGCGGGGGCAGCUGAAGACAUAUUGCAAGUACAAGGUUUAUCUAUAGAUGGACGAAAUAACAGUGAAGACACUACGGUACAGUAAAUAGAAUAAACUAACAUAAAACAAGGCAAGUACUAAGGCAUAAUGUAACACAAAAAACAAGAGAACGAAACAAUUAGAUGAAAGAAAAAGGAACAAUUAAACAUCAGAAAUUUACGAAAGGUGGAAAGUGUUACGCGGAACACUCAAAAACACACGUCCGUCCAUCUUAGCCACGUCCCGUGAAAGUAUACUUAUUCAAUAGCGCAUGGUCGCUUUUGGUCUAGCUUGGCAAGUAGAGAACUUAUUAAAGCAACGACGACUGCAACGGUAACGCGAGAACGGCCAUAAAUCUAAAGUUCUAGAUUAGCAAAACACUAACUUUGCUUGAGCAUCACGCUUCUUUGCGGUCUUGCUUUAGUACGACGUGAAACUUCCUAGUUUUACUGGAAGACGUGAACACAAGUCAACGAUUUUCUCAGUUUUUCUUCGAACUCAGAUGCAGUUGUUUAGAAUUCGACUUCAGAAAAAUUCUCCAAAGUUUUUGACUAGUGGGACAAAAUGGAUCCUUUAAGAACGAUGAAAUCUGACUGAAUAACGUGAAUUGACUUAAACUCUUAAGUGAUAUUUCGCCGAAGGUGCUGCUGUGGUUGCUUAAACUCCCCACUACAUUCUUGGUUUCGAUGUUGAAGUGAAAAACGUGAAUAAUCAUUUUUCCUUCUUUUUAAGUAAUUCGUAGCUUGAGAAAACAGCCGACAUUUCGCAACGUCACCACUGGUAACCCCGCGAAAUGACGUCACUCUGAGAAACGAGCGCAGAAAUUCCAUGGUGAUGACGCGUUCUAUUCAGAUCUGGGUGGUGCUUCUGAUUGGAUGAAACAAUUCAGCCAAUCAGAAGCACUACCCGGAUCUGGUUACUGACGCGUAUGGAAUUUCUGCGCUCGUUUCUCAGACAUCAUUUCGCGGGGAUACCACUGGUGGCGUCGCCAAAUGUCGGCUGUUUUCUCAGACUAAGAAGUUAAAGAAGUUUUGGUGUCUUGUUUUACCUCAGGAAUUAUUCCCCACUCCGCCCGUCCACCAAGCACAAAUCAAUCACACGCACGCCUCACAUUUGUGGCAAAAGUGUCUGUAGACGAGUUUGUAGGAAGGCAAAAAGCUUUCACAGAAGAAAUGAGGCAUUUCGUGGGUGUUUUGGACACCAGAAUGAGAUUAAAUUCCAUGGAGGAAGGAAAAGGUAAUACUAUUAUCAUCAGAAUAAUUGAAAGUCAACUCUCUUGAUAACGUACUAUUUUUUUAACGUAUCACUCAGACGAGAAGAGGGAAACUGAAUUCCUGUGUAAGAAAACUCCAGAGUUUCAUUGGCUGCAAGCGGCAAUGGCGUAUGAACCCUAAAUUAUACUAUGUCCGAACAAAAGAGCAAUUGGAUGUAUUGCCUCCUGGUCGAUUUUUUUUUUUAAAAAAAGAAAUCAUGGAAAGGUAUUAGUGAACACGUUUCCUUUUCUCUGUUUCAUAUGCACUCUGGCACGAAAGCACAAGCAAACAUAGGCUGGCUAGCGGACGUAAAAGGGGAGGAGAUAAGGACGAAAAAGGGAAGUUGAACAUUAUACGCCUAUUACGUAACUGCGUGAGCUAGAGUAAACUUUAGAACAGAAGGCGAAGGUGCGACGCGCGAGAUUUACUCCUACCUCCCCGCGCUCGCGCGUUUCGCUCGCGAUUUAUCACGUGCACGUUCCUUCCAGUUAAUGUUGUCUUUAAGAUGAAACUUGCAUAUCUUGGGGGAUUGGAGAGGAGAUUUUAGCUUUCGUGUGAAUGCCAGGCUACAGUUAGUUCAGUCAGAAUAAUCUUGUUUCUCUUUUUGUUGUUUUAACAGGUGGUGAGCUGAUUGGGGAACAUGAUAGAGAACACGGUGAAAAAAGAGAAACGGAGGACAUGGAAGGACAGUCACGAAAUAGAGAUAAACCGCAUUUAGAGAAUGAAUCAGAAGAAGAAGGAGGAGAAGGAGGAGAAGGAAACGGCCAUGAAGAUGAAGAAGAAGAGAUGGAUGACCCAGAAUUUACAGAGUUAAGCCGACGAAUGAGAGAAGUGUCACAGAGCAGGGACUUGGAGGAGAUAAGGAAACUGCAUGAAGAGCUACAUCUUCGUCAUGUCAUGGCCAGAGAGGAUGCCGCCAGGCGAAUAACAAAUCUAAUUUAGAAAUAAAAGACUUUAGAAUACACGUGAUGUUGAAUCCGUGUAACCAGCACAUCAAUCGUAGCCUCCCACGCAGACGUUCUUAGGGGUUCCUCACGCGUUCCUGCCACCCGUGACGAACCCCUAAGAACGUCUGCGUGGAAGGCUACAUCAAUCGCGGAUACAGUGGAAGCUCUCGUAACAGACACUCUCGUAAGCGGACAGCUCUGCGUACGGCCGCCUCCUCAAAACCCCGUUUUAACUUCCACAGAAACCAUGUAUUUUUACAUUCCCCUAAGCGGACAAUUUCCUUAGACGGCCGCGGCGGACACUUUCAGAGUUUACUAGUAAGAUUUUAGCUUGGUUUUUAAGCUCACGUAAGCGGACACCUGAAAUGGAAUCUCAUUCUCCUCUGAAUCUUUCAUACCUCUGAAUUCUUCAUAUUGCUGUUCGUCACAAUGAAUUUAUGUCAGUUUCCU